AUGAGCGUGAAAGAGGAGGAACAGCAACCUGCAGGCGUCAGCCCCCGCUCAUCGGUCGCAAGCAAAAGCCCACCAGCCGCUGAUAGUCGAACGCCAUUCCGGAUAAUGGCAGCAUUCGUCGCGCUUACUCUUUCGCUGUUUUUAGUAGCUCUUGAUACGGUUCUCAUACCUACCGCCCUACCUACCAUAUCGCAGUCUUUCCAAAUUCCGGAUUCACUUUAUGCCUGGACCGGAUCCGCUUACCUUCUCACCAAUGCCGCAUCGAUACCUUUCUGGGGUAAACUGUCGGAUGUCUUUGGAAGAAAGUCGGUUUUGCUCAUCGCAAACUCCAUCUUUCUGGGCGGUAGCAUUGUCUGCGGAGUGAGCGUCAAUGCCCCCAUGCUGGUUGCAGGUCGAGCUGUCCAGGGUCUUGGUGGCGGGGGUGUAGUGGUACUGGUCCACGUAUGUGUCAGUGACUUGUUUUCAAUUCGCAACCGCUCCUUCUACAUGGGCAUGGUUGGAGCAGCAUGGGCACUCGCCUCUGCUCUGGGUCCAGUGCUCGGCGGUAUCUUUGCCGAAGAGCUGAAUUGGAAGUGGUGUUUCUACAUCAACAUACCGAUUGUUACGAUUUCAAUCAUUGUGCUCUACUUCACUCUCGAACUCCACGAUCCCAGAACGCCACUCCUUCAGGGCCUUGCUUCUGUUGACUGGCUUGGCAUAACUACUAUCAUCACUGCUGCCGUCUUAUUGCUGGUCGGUCUUCAGAUGGGCAGCGGUGGCUCCUAUGCCAGCCCGAUGGUCAUCUCACUAAUCGUCCUUGGAUCAGCAAUCUUCGUAGCCUUUCCAUUCUCCCAGUGGUGGGAGGACAAACGCGGGGGCAGUCCCAUCAUGCCCCUGCGCAUAUUCAAAGACAUCAGCAACCUCAGCGCGCUGGGUGUUUGUGCAUGCGACGCUUUGGUAUUCAACUCAGUGGCAUACUUCCUGCCGCUUUACUUUCAAAUCGUCCUCGAAAUGAGUCCGGCAGCCACUGGACUCUUGAUGCUCGCCGUUGCAAUACCGCUGGCAAUCGUUUCUUUGACAUCAGGAUGGGUCAUUGAAAAAAUCGGUCGCUUUAUCGAAGUACUCCAGAUAGGAUUGUUCUUGAUGACGCUUGGCGUCGGUCUUCUUAUCAUCUUCGACGCAUCGUUUGAUCUCGGAAAAGUUAUUGGCAUCUUGGCCGUCAUUGGACUCGGGUUUGGCCCCAAUUUCGCAGCUCCGCUUAUCGCCCUGCAAACACAAAUACAAGACAGCGACAUGGCUACUGGUACAGCGGCUUUUGGCUUCGUUCGCAUGAUAUCGGGCGCUAUUGGUCUAGUCCUGAGCCAGGUAAUCUUUCAGUAUCUGACGGUGCCCAAUUUUCAAAGACUAGUAGACAGCGGCAUUUCUAUAGAGUUUGCCACUAAGCUUGUUAGCGGUGAAGCGAUUUCCCAAGGUGUCCAAAUCGGCGACCUUACUGCGGCUCAGAAGGAGGUCGUCCACCAAAGCUUUAUGGGCCCACUGAGGAGAGUGUGGAUUCUGUACACCGUUGUUGGUGCUUUGGGACUUUUGGUGUCGUUUGGAAUCAAACGAACAAAAUUGAACCAGGAGCCAUCCCCCUUGGCUAGAGUCGAGCAAAGUGGGGAUCUGGAGAGUGGAAAAGUUACUUCGACCUGA